AUGGACUCGCUCACGUACUACCUGAGCCUCUUCUUGUUGGCUCUCCUCCCUCUAAUCCUCCUCAAGCUCAAGAGGCGUGACAACAAUGGCCUCAGGCUGCCGCCGGGCCCAUGGUGGCUGCCGGUCAUUGGCAGCCUCCACCACCUGCUCGGUAGCCCGCUCCCCCACCAUGCCAUGGCUGACAUCGCGCGCCGGCUCAAGGCGCCCCUCAUCUACCUCAAGCUCGGGGAGGUCCCCGUCGUCGUUGCGUCAUCGCAGGACGCUGCUCGCGAAAUCAUGAAGACGCACGACGUCAACUUCGCCACGCGCCCGUGGAGCCCGACGACGAAGGUCUUUUUGGCGGAUGGGGUAGGCCUGGUGUUCGCGCCCUACGGCGCCCUGUGGCGGCAGCUCCGCAAGAUCAGCAUCCUGGAGCUGCUCAGCGCCCGCCGCGUGCAGUCGUUCCGCGGCGUCCGGGAGGAGGAGCUCGGCCGCCUCGUGGCUGCCAUCGCAGCGUCCCCGCCGGGCGAGGCCGUGAACCUCAGCCAGAGGAUCGCCGAGCUCACGAAUGACACGGCCGUGCGCUCCAUGAUCGGCGACCGGUUUGAGAGGCGGGAGGAGUUCCUGGAGAAUAUGGCGGAGGGAGUAAAGAUCUCCACCGGGUUCAGCCUCGGCGAUCUGUUCCCGUCGUCGAGGCUGGCGAGCCUAAUCGGUGGCACGGCUCGCCGGGCGGCGGUAAACCACCGUAAGAUGUUCGAGCUGAUGGACUACGCCAUCAAACAGCACGAGGAGAGGAGGGCAGCCAUGGCCACAUCUACAGAGGGAGAGGGCAUCGUGAAGGAGGAUCUGGUGGACGUGCUUCUGAGGAUACGGAAGGAAGGUGGCCUGGAGGUGCCACUCACCAUGGGAAUGAUCAAGGCCGUCAUCCUGGACCUUUUCGGAGCCGGGAGUGAGACCUCUGCAAGUACACUCCAAUGGGCCAUGUCAGAGCUUGUACGCAACCCAAAAGUGAUGGAAAGGGCACAAGCCGAGGUACGCGAAAAGCUCCAGGGGAAGCCAACGGUGACUGAAGAUGACUUGGUUGAGUUGAGGUACAUAAAGCUCAUCAUCAAAGAGACCCUAAGGAUGCAUCCGGUGGUGCCAUUGCUUCUCCCAAGGGAGUGUGGAGAGUCAUGUAAGGUCAUGGGGUAUGAUGUACCCAAGGGAACUACUGUGUUUGUGAAUGUUUGGGCGAUCAGUAGGGAUCCCAAAUACUGGGGCGGUGCUUUGACAUUUAAACCGGAACGGUUUGAGGCUGGUACAAUUGAUUUUAAGGGCACAGACUUUGAAUACACACCAUUUGGGGCAGGCCGGAGGAUGUGCCCCGGCUUGGCAUUUGCGCAGGCAAGCAUGGAGCUCGUGCUCGCAGCACUCCUGUACCAUUUUGACUGGAAGCUGCCUGAUGGGAUGCUGCCAAGUGAAUUGGACAUGAUGGAGGAGAUGAGCAUCACCGCCCGAAGGAAACACGAUCUUUACCUGCAGCCAGUUGUCAGUGUGCCGCCACAUUUCUACUACAAGCAGUUCCCGCGCAGCGUCGCAGGGGCGAUGCUCUUCCUGGAAUUCGCCAUCGCCAGCUACGCCAGCGAAAUCAUGGAACUAGCUUUCUCAAAGAAAAAGUCUAAACGACAGAAGGGUUCAUGUUUCGAUCCGAUCAACCAUGGAUGUGAGAUUCUAGAGGGUGGUGGAACUAACAUUGGGGGUGAAGACCGGGGUGCUCAAAAACAUAAAGUAGUGAUCAAUGAGAACAAGAUGGAUCGGUUCUCCCUUCUUGAUCCAAGGUUCGAUGAGCACCACCGGGCUCGGAGGAUCGAGAACGGAGAGGUUUUGAAUGUGCUGAGGCCAAUGACACAUGAGGCCUCUACGACCAUGGUCUACGACGAGAGGUACACACCCCUCCUGAAGCUGGCGAACCUUGCUAUCGUUGCUCGUAUUUGGAUGUGGGAGAGGCUUCCAGUUGGGAGAUCACAUCAGCUUGAUCCCCCACAACCUUGGUUUCCUCAAGGAGACACAGUUGUCGCCCCUACCGUGGCACACCUCUAUGAGCGAGCCCACGGAACUUACCAUGUGUCAUGCCACGCGUACAUUAGCUUCACCAACGAGCUGGACACCCUUUUGCCACAGCAUAGCAUGGAGAUAAUGAGGACAAUGGUCGAGCAAGGAAGGGCAUUGAUGAUUCCUGUGGGCGAUCCUGAUGAGGCCUCCAUGUUACGACGACACAUUCAGCGUGCCAUGCAUCGCCUCCGAAAGGUAGCUGCACGCCUUGGAUGUAGAUGUGCCCCGGAUGUGGCAGUCCCACAACAACUUAGUGCUGGACCUUCUACUGCACAUGUUGGAGGGACUUCAUUUUCACAUGGUGCACAUGUUGGCAGGACUUCUUCUUCACAUGGUGCAGCAACUAGUGCAGAGGGUGGUCGAGGACAUGGUCCUUAUGAUGAUGAAGGAGAACACCAGGGAGAAGAUGAUGAAGGACAGGGAGAGUACUAUGAGCAUGAGUAUGAUGAGAUUGGCAUGUCCUAG